GUGGAACCUCAUUUGGGAAUGGAUGGAAUACAUUUCUCUCUUUAUUUAUUUACUAGAGAUAAUUACCCUAGGUAUGACUAAAACUUCUUUAGUUUCUCAAUCUAUGACUUAACUACUUUUUUUUACCUAAAUAAUAUUAAAAAUCAUAAUAUUUAAUUAAAUUCGUAAUAAUUAAUUAAAUAAAUAAUAGUGGUGGACAAAUUUACCCUUUAGAUUUAUAUCUAUAAGAACCCUAAGCUUCCACUCUUUUCUAUAACCCUAGCCUCAAUUCACCACCUCCAGACCUAUCGCCACACACCCCCUGCCGCCGCCGCACAUGGCCCGUCAUCCGCCAUCUAGCCAAUUCAACACCUACCGUUCAGGGAUUGCGGAAGGUAUGUGCUACAAGGAUUGUAGAAGCUGAGACCUGGAAGUCUGGAAGUGCGUUGGGUUCGUUUAUCCGACCAACCGCUCCAGUGGCUAGUCGGAGCUUCGCCGGGAAACGAUGGCCGUGAAGGUUGCGUGUGACCAUUGGGUCACUGCGUCAAUUUGACGGGUACUGUUUUGUUUGACUUUUUGAAACGGAAUUGCGGCGCUUGCUUGAUGCGAUGGAGUGAUGGGUUGUUGGGCUGCGCGUGUAACCCUAGCUCAGAAUCUUGCAAUCCAUGAGAAUCUUGGAAUGAUCAGCAGAAUUGAGGAUACUGUGAUUGGGCCGAUUAUUCCACAUCGGGGUUUGAGGCAGGGGAUCCUCUUUCUCCCUAUUUAUUCAUUUUGGUAGUAGAGGGACUCAGUCUGUUAAUUAAAAAAAUGAGAGCUUGGGGAAAAUCCAUGGAAUAUCUGUUGCUAGAAGGGCACCUAUGAUUUCUCAUCUUUUUUCGCAGAUGAUAGCUUCCUAUUUUUCAGGGCUAAGAAAGAAGGUGAGGUGGUUAAAGAUAUCCUUACGGCAUAUGAGCAAGAGUCUGGCCAAAAAAUUAAUUUUGAGAAGUCAUCAAUUUGCUUCAGCCCGAACGUACCAGAACAUACGAAGGAAUUAAUUAGUACUACCUCCGUCCCACUAACAUUGGGACGGAAGAAGGUGGCACGAUUAUUAAGAAAAGUGAGUUUAUGUGGUUGUUAUUGAAUUGAAAAAGUAAAAAUAAAGUAAGAAUGAUUUAGAGCCACACAAACUUUACCAAAUUUGGUAUGAGACAAUCUUAGUGAGACUUCCCGAAAAGGUAAAAUGGGACAAUCAUAGCGGGACGGAGGGAGUAGUUCUUUGGGGGUUAAUGCAGGUAAAGCUUGUGUCAGGUACCUGGGUUUACCUACUUUGGUUGGGAGAAGGAAAAAAUGAAAUACUUGGUUAUAUCUGUGAACGUAUUUUGAAAAGAAUACAUAAUUGGAAUAACAAGUUUUUAUCUAAAGCCCGGAGGGAGGUACUUUUAAAGAAGGUUAUACAAUCUAUGCCCGCCUAUGCAAUGAAUGUUUUUCUACUUCCCCAAAAAUUGUGUUCGGUGAUAGAGAUGAUUAUGAAUGGCUACUGGCGGUGGCCGGUGACGGAUAGAUAUGACAGGUCGGGGAAUUAGAUGGAAGUGCCGGAAAGCUUUGUGUAUCCCCAAGAAUAUUGCUAGGAAAGCUUUGGGGAAUGUGACAGAUCCUUGAGGGAUUUCAAUAUUGCAUUGCUAGGAAAACAAGCUUGGCGCUUAACUACUAACCCAGAUUCUUUGGCAGGGAAGGUGUUUAAGGCAAGGUACUAUCCGAAUUCAACCUUUUUGGAGGCUGGGUUGGGGACCAAUCCUUCAUUUAUCUGGAGGAGUAUAUGGGAAUCUCAAGAUGUGCUUUGUACUGGGGUCCGAAGAAGAGUUAGAACCGGAACGGAGAUAUCAGUUCGGCGUGAUCGGUGGCUUCCGGGAGAGCAUGAUGGUUUUGUCUCGUCACCAAAACCGGUGGGGAUUUUUUAUAUGAAUGUUGCGGCUCUCAUUAAAGAGGGUAGGUCAGGGUGGAAUCUGGAACGAGUACGCCAUAUCUUUAAUGAACAAGAUAGGCAAGCCAUCUUACAGAUACCUAUUAGUCACAGAGAGGUGCGAGAUGGCUACUGGUGGAUUGGGGAUACUCGAGGGGUAUAUACGGUUAAAUCUGCCUAUAGGAGGAUUGUUGGAGAGGUUCCAGAAGGGGGGUGGCUGGACUGGACGCGGAUGUGGGGAUCUUUUAUUCAACCAAAAGUAAAGCAUUUUUUCUGGCAGGUUAUGACAGGUACACUACCAACGGCAGACAAGCUGCGGGAGAGGAGGGUGGAUAUUUCGGGAGCUUGCAGGCUGUGCAAGGAAGCUGAAGAGACAUCAAUUCAUUUAUUUAAUGAAUGCAGAGUUGUCAUUGAGGUGUGGCAAAAGGCUGGGAAACCGGUCCAAAGGCAUGAUACUUCUAUGGAGGAGUGGGUCAAGACGAUUUUUAGCUCUCAAACAGAGGAUGAUAUUUGUAAAUUUUUAACUAUGUUAUGGAGCAUCUGGAAAGCGAGGAACGAACUGAUCUGGAAGAAUAAACAUUUUAAGGCAGAUCAUGUGGGGAUAAUUGGUCUCCAGGGGUGGCGAGCAGUGCGGACCGAGACAAAUAAAGUGGUUGGUGUUAAUGAGGGUGGUAGCAGAUGGUCUAAACCAGAGCAUAAUGUUAUCAAGAUUAAUGUCGACGCCGCUACAGAUGCACGAAGAGGAAGAAGGGCAUGGGGAUGAGGAAAGCAACUUUAUCAAAGGAAGAUCAGACUCUUGUGUGGUGGCCUGGUCAACACGCACGACAGAGGCCAUAGGGGUAAGGGAGGCAAUUAUUUGGGCUAAGGAGCAAGGUUGGAGACAUAUCAUAUUUGAGAUUGAUGCAUUGUUAGUUACAUCCAGACUAGUAGAGGACACAGGUAGUUCGUAUUUCGACUUGAUCAUCCAAGACAUAAGACAUCUUCUUCUUUCUGAAGCUGGCUAUACUGUCAAAUUUUGCAAACGAUCCGCGAAUCGUGUAGCUCCUAGAGUUGCGCUUUCAGAAGCGGGUGGUAGUUCUUUUGAGGUUAUCCCCGAUUGUAUUUCUAGCCUUUUGGCGAACGAUUGCUUAGAUUAAUUUAAAUUGGCAGUUUCCAUUCAAAAAAAAUGUAAACAUGCAUAAGUUGGAGUAGGGCUUUUGUGCAGUUUAGGAGCAAAUUCGCCGC